GACGGAGCGCUGCCUCAGUCGGAGCAGAGCAUGGGGCGGCCGCGGUGCCUGUGCGAGAUCUGCACCUGCGGGUAAGAGCCCCUCUGAGGGGGAGCCCGAGGCUGGGAGGCGGGAAACUGAACGUUCCACUGUGCCCGCGCUUGGCUUCCCUUCUGUUAAGCGAUCGUCUCAGUAAAUAGGAACUGAUAUAUUUGCGUUUAAGCUCCUGAAUGGAUUCACUCCUCUUAAAUGAAUUUGCUCGCGUUUAAAAUAGGGAUGGGGCAGUCCUUUAGAGACGCCCUCUGUUCCACACUUGGAGUCCUCACUGCGUUCCAUUUCUUUGUUUCUUCCAACACAAAUACUGAGUACGAUGCGGGAAGGAGCUGUGAGAAAAAGGACGUGGGGUUCCCGGUGCCGUGACCAGCAGUGCGCCCCGGGGAGCAUCAGAACGAGCACGGCCAGCGGGGAGAGCGAGGCGGUCCUCUGCUCUGCCCCAGGGGCACAUCGGCAGUGCUGCACACAGCGCUGGGCUCCCCAGUCCAAAAGGACAGCUGUCUACUAGAAGAGGUCCAGCAGAGGCACGCAAAGGUGACUGAGGACCUGAAGCAUCUCCCUGUGAGGAAAGGCUAAGAGAGGAUCUCAUCGCUGUUUAUAAAUAUCUGAAGAAGGGAUGUGGUUGGGCUGUUUUUAGUAUUGCGGAGUGACAGCACAAGGGGCACUGGGCAAAAACCGGAGCAGAAGUUUUGUACAGACAUAAGGAAGAACUUCUUUACUCUGCGAGUGAUGGAGCAUUGGAACAGGCUGCCCAGAGAAGUGGUGGAGCCUCCUUCUAUGGAGUCAUACAUUCAAGACCUGUCUGGAUGCUUUCCCAUAUAACCUACUAUGGGGGACUGCUUCAGCAGGGGUUGGACUUGAUGAUCUCCAGAGGUCUCUUUCAACACCUACAGUUAUAUUCACAGAAUCACAGAGCGAUCAAACACACACAAAACUUAUGGCUUAAAAUAAACAUCACUGAAGUUUUUAUAGCCAAUGAAACUCAAGCUGUUAUUGGCUUAUGCAGCACAUUUUGUUUGCUUCGGUGUAGCUAUAGAGUUUGUUUUCAGGGGAAGCCUGGUCACUUGGUACUGUUACCUGGAUAUUGCAAUGCACACACCUCUUAGAGAUUUCAAGAUGAAGGAAACCAUCUAAUAUUUUGUAGAAGUUAACUCCAUUAAGUCUUCUGCAAAUAUAAUUACUGUUUCAUUCAAAAUAUCAAACUGGAAGGAAACAAUCUUUCCUAGCUGGUAUUUAUUCACAGAAGAAAAAAAAAACCACUUAAAAAAAAAAACCCCUACAAAUACAAGGAAGGAAAGACAGAACUAAAUUCAGCUUUCUCUCUACACAGAAGUGGAGAGCCUCCAAAAUUCUAGAAUGGAUCCCCCCCCACACACACAUUAUAACAUACAUAAUCCACUCACUAAGAGCUGAAUCUGAGUGUUAUUGUUCAUGCUGAGGGAUUGCAGUCUUGAGCCCUCUUAGAAAGAAAUAAUCGUUAAAUAUUUUUAAGAAUCUAUCCAGAUUCCUUUUCCUUAGGCUGAAUCGCUUCCUUCCUGUGCUUAUUAAGUGAUUGUUUUUUCAAAAUCAACAAACAAUUUUAAUGCCAAAAACCACUGGAGGUGCUCAGCGUGCUCUAAGAUAAGUUUACUAAAUAUACAGUACUUCUCAGGUCCAACACUGGGCACUUCUCUAUUUUAACAGCUCUCAGAAGUUCUCUCCUCUUCACCUCAAGGCUUUAAGACUUUUGCAGUCUCUUGCACUUUGCGUCUAUUCCAUUAGCACAAUAUCUUGUGCUCAGAAAAAAAAACAAACCCUUUAAACACAAUCUAGUGACAUCGAACCAUCUUCCUCAUUUGUUAUUCAUUCCCAGUAGAUAAGAAAUUAUUUUUUCCCUAAAUGAAGCUUCUCAAAAUGAUCUCAUCUGAUGUAUUUUGCCCAGGCGCCAUCGCUGCCCUCAUAGGCCCACAAGGAUUUAUGAUAAUGGACAACAGCUGUGCCUCACAACAGAAUAUGUGGAAAAAUACCCCAAGUAUAGCAACAUCUCUCCUGCCCAGAGCCUUAAGCCAAAACAAGAGUACCAAGCGCAUCGUGGGAAAAUGGAAGGAAUUACAACAUUUAAAUCUGAUUAUUUACCAUAUGAUAUUGUGAAACGACCAUUUCGGGUACAAGAAGAAUAUAAACCAAGGACUGGAGAGCUAGAACUUGGAACCACCUACAAGAAAGAUUAUAAUGCUCAUGAAAUACAACCGGUGACAUUAGUAAGACCUUUAGAGAGAAAACACACUACAGGAGGAAAAUUGGAUACCAUACCGACCUAUCAAGAUGACUAUAGGUCAUGGGAAGUUCGAAGAAGGGAACCUGUUAAAGUGGAUCAUGUCUACCACCCACCUACAGAGAAGUUUGGAAAUCCUACUACAUUUCAGGAUGACUUUGUUCCUAGGGAACUGAAUCCUAGACAAAGUUUCAAACCUCUGUGUGUGCCCAAACUUUCAGAUGUGCCUUUUGAUAGCACUACGAGUCAUCGCAUUUCCUAUAUUCCUCAUCAACUGGAACCAAGGUUUGUAAAAUCAAAAGAAGAGUACAAGCCAAGCAACCAGCCCUUUGAAGAUCUCACAACUCAUCGGAAUGAUUUUAAAGGGCUUCCUGGGCCACUUGCAAGAAGCUGCAAGCCUGAAAAUGCAAAAGUCCAAUCCAGUGAUCAUUUUAGUGGGGUCACUGAAUUUCAGGAUCGUUUUCAGCCCUGGCUGGUCUCCUUGCCUGAGGCACGCAAAUCAAAAGAGUACAUUCCUCCCCAGGGUCACAUGGACUUUAACUCCACAAGCCGCCUUGAUUAUGUUAAACAUGAGAUUUCUCCUGCUGUCCCUAUAAGGCCAAUUUCUAAUGCAAGAAGAACCAGCGCCCCUUUCCAAGGGAAUACUACUAUGAAGGAAGACUUUAAAGCUUGGGCCAGCUCCCGGCAAGAAAUGAUUAAGAAACAACAGGAAAUUCCAAAACCCACAGGAAAAUUCUAUGAUUUAACUACAUUCAAAUCUCAUUACGUACCACAUCACAUCAUUCCAGCUCAAAGUUUCAAACCUGUGCGCGUCAUUCUUCCUAAUUUGGCUCAUUUUCAGGAUGAAACUAUGUAUCGCACAGAAUAUACUCCAAAGAAACAAGAGAUCUGCCCAGCAAAUUACCCAUCUCCUCCAGGUUAUAUCUAUGUAAACACAGAUUCUCAUGGUCAUAAGUUCUUCCGCCAGCUCACUCCAGAAUUUUCUGAGUUAAAUAGCAAUCACAUUCCAAAGCAAGUAGCUGUUGUGUCAUAAUACUUACAUUGCAAGCAUCCUGGUGAAAUACCUGGAAUGCUAUCAGUUUUUUCUUCAGAUUACAAAGCAACCUAAAUAAUGCAAAUUCUGAUUUGAAAAGCAUUUAGACUGACAGUUGAAGGAAAAAAUCAAAAAAGAUUAUGGAAAUACUUCCAGAGAUCUGCCUGUUUUUGUAGGAGAAAUCUUUCAUGGAAUCAAGCCUUUUUUGAUUGUACAUUCCAGGUUCCUUGACUUUCCAGAUUUCAUUCUGUUCUCCCUCAAACCCACUUCCCCAUUUCUUAAUGAUUUUCUACAAGUCAAAUCAUUGUCAUUGCAUUUUUUUAAAUAGCAGUUUGCUUUUCAGAGUAAUCAAAUAAAAUGUUGAAUAAUAACUCGCAUAUCCCAGCUCUUCAUCUCAUCAAUACUUUGCAUGAUCUGAGGAGAGCUUUAUUUUUCUUUAUAUUUUGUUGGCCAUAAAUAAAUAAAUGAGUUUAGUUUUAUCAUGA